AUGACCAACACCGAGCUCAUCAACGUUGCCGCGCCAGGCGUCGAAUACUUCACGCCCUGGCAAGCCGUCCCCGCCGGCACAGCCACCGACCCGCAACCGGACGGCAAACCAAUCCCGAAGCUCUUCCAACCGCUCCAAAUCCGCGGCAUGCGCGUGCAAAACCGCAUCAUGCUGUCUCCCCUCUGCCAGUACUCCGCGCGCGACGGGCACAUCGCCGAAUGGCACUCCGCGCACCUCGGCGGCAUCAUCUCGCGCGGGCCAGGCAUCUCUCUCGCCGAGGCCACCGGCGUCCUCGCCGAAGGACGCAUCACGCCGCACUGCCCGGGGCUGUGGAAAGACUCGCAGAUCGCCCCCUGGAAGCGCGUCGUCGACUUCGCGCACACGCAGAACCAGAAGCUCGGCAUCCAGCUGGCGCACGCGGGGCGCAAGGCCAGCACCGUGGCGCCGUUUCUGUCGUUUUCGGCGAAGGCGCCGCUCGAGGACGGGGGGUGGCCGGAGGACGUCAAGGGCGCGAGCGCGGUGCCGUAUGAUGAGAAUGUCUGCGUGCCGAGGGAGAUGACGCAGGGGGAUAUUGAUGAGGUGCGCGAGGGGUUCGCGGCGGCGGCGAGGCGCGCGGUGCAGGCUGGGUUUGACUUUGUUGAGAUACACAACGCGCAUGGGUAUCUGCUGCAUUCGUUUUUGUCGCCUGUCGCGAACCACCGGACGGAUAAGUAUGGUGGCUCGUUUGAGAACCGCACGAGGCUGACGCUCGAGGUCGUGGAUGCGGUGCGCGCCGCGAUUCCGGAGUCGAUGCCGCUGUUCCUGCGCAUCUCGGCGACGGAUUGGCUUGAGGAGGUCGAGGGCUUUGGGCCUGAGAAGAGCUGGACGCUGGACGACACGGUGCGGCUCGCUGAGAUCCUGGCGGAGCACGGGGUGGAUGUGCUGGACGUCAGCUCGGGGGGCCAGCAUCCUAAGCAGAAGAUCAAGGGCGGUCCGGGCCACCAGGCUCCCUUCGCGAAGGCUGUGAAGGAGAAGGUUGGUGAUAAGAUGCUGGUCGCGACGGUUGGCACCAUCACUGAUGGUAAGCUUGCGAACCAGUUGCUCGAGGAGGGCCUGGAUAUCGCGGCUGCGGGUCGCUUGUUCCAGAAGAACCCGGGCCUGGUGUGGGCGUGGGCCGAUGACUUGGACGUCCAGAUUGAGAAUGCCCAGCAGAUUCGCUGGGGGUUCAUGGGCAGGGGAAAGAGGGGCAGGAAGAUCAACACGUUCGGUGCUGCCGAAUAA